UCUGGCCUUACGGAAACCAACAUACGGAUGUACAGAUUAUGACAAGUAUUCAAAUCCUAACCAUGUGGUUGAUGGUAACAAGGGCGGCUAUCGCAAACGAGGCCAAUGCUUCACUUCCGCUAAGUCUGUGUCGAGACCUUGGUGGAUGGUUGACUUGCAGGAUAUCUAUGAUGUACAUAACGUCACCCUUUAUGGACGGACGGGUGGACACGCUUACAGAUUCCGUGACCUGGAAAUCCUAGUAUUUAAAGAAAACCCCUUCGAGAACAACAGCUCUCAACCGAUGACAUGUGCACAAAAGAAAGGAAAACUAUCAAGACCUGACGUUCUGACCUGCAACCCCUCGACAACGGGUCGUUUUGUUUUGUUGCAAUACAUAAAACCCAACAGAAAAGUUCUCACAGUCUGCGAAGUUGAGGUCGGUGGUAAACUCUCCAAAGGAAGGAAAGCAGCGAUAUUGGUGAAGACCAAUGACGUCAGCAAUCUGGCCUUACGGAAACCAACAUACGGAUGUACAGAUUAUGACAAGUAUUCAAAUCCUAACCAUGUGGUUGAUGGUAACAAGGGCGGCUAUCGCAGACGAGGUCAAUGCUUCACUUCCGCUAAGUCUGUGUCGAGACCUUGGUGGAUGGUUGACUUGCAGGAUAUCUAUGAUGUACAUAACGUCACCCUUUAUGGACGGUCGGGUGGACACGCUUACAGAUUCCGUGACCUGGAAAUCCUAGUAUUUAAAGAAAACCCCUUCGAGAACAACAGCUCUCAACCGAUGACAUGUGCACAAAAGAAAGGAAAACUAUCAAGACCUGACGUUCUGACCUGCAACCCCUCGACAACGGGUCGUUUUGUUUUGUUGCAAUACAUAAAACCCAACAAAAAAGUUCUCACAGUCUGCGAAGUUGAGGUCGGUGGUAAACUCUUCAAAGGAAGGAAAGCAGCGAUAUUGGUGAAGACCAAUGACGUCAGCAAUCUGGCCCUAAGGAAACCAACAUACGGAUGUACAGAUUAUGACAAGUAUUCAGAUCCUAACCAUGUGGUUGAUGGUAACAAGGGCGGCUAUCGCAGACGAGGUCAAUGCUUCACUUCCGCUAAGUCUGUGUCGAGACCUUGGUGGAUGGUUGACUUGCAGGAUAUCUAUGAUGUACAUAACGUCACCCUUUAUGGACGGACGGGUGGACACGCUAACAAAUUCCGUGACCUGGAAAUCCUAGUAUUUAAAGAAAACCCCUUCGAGAACAACAGCUCUCAACCGAUGACAUGUGCACAAAAGAAAGGAAAACUAUCAAGACCUGACGUUUUGACCUGCAACCCCUCGACAACGGGUCGUUUUGUUUUGUUACAAUACAUAAAACCCAACAAAAAAGUUCUCACAGUCUGCGAAGUUGAGGUCGGUGGAAAACUCUUCAAUGGAAGGAAAGCAGCGAUAUUGGUGAAGACCAAUGACGUCAGCAAUCUGGCCCUAAGGAAACCAACAUACGGAUGUACAGAUUAUGACAAGUAUUCAAAUCCUAACCAUGUGGUUGAUGGUAACAAGGGCGGCUAUCGCAGACGAGGUCAAUGCUUCACUUCCGCUAAGUCUGUGUCGAGACCUUGGUGGAUGGUUGACUUGCAGGAUAUCUAUGAUGUACAUAACGUCACCCUUUAUGGACGGACGGGUGGACACGCUAACAAAUUCCGUGACCUGGAAAUCCUAGUAUUUAAAGAAAACCCCUUCGAGAACAACAGCUCUCAACCGAUGACAUGUGCACAAAAGAAAGGAAAACUAUCAAGACCUGACGUUCUGACCUGCAACCCCUCGACAACGGGUCGUUUUGUUUUGUUACAAUACAUAAAACCCAAUAAAAAAGUUCUCACAGUCUGCGAAGUUGAGGUCGGUGGAAAACUCUUCUAAGAUUUACUCCAGAGCCGCUGCGACAUUCAAGAAAGUGUCACAUAACAGGAUGUUUUGGUUUGGUUCGGUUGGUUGUUUAACGCCGCACUCAGCAAUAUUCCAGCUAUAUGACGGCAGUCUGUAAAUAAUCGAG